AUGGAAACCACGGGUAGCAAAGUUAGCCUUGAGCUGUCCAAAAUAACAUGCACUGUAAUUCAACCCGAAAUCGUCGCCCCACCCACAGCUUCCGACAAGCCACUCCAACUCGCAGACCGCAUGAAGCAUUAUGAAGCAGCUCUCGACUUCACCCUCCCUCCCUCUAGACCCACCCUGCUCCGACUUGACGGCCACUCGUUUUCAAAAUUUACCAAGCAUUUCUGUCGUCCAUUCGACCAGCGCAUUCACGACGCCAUAACAUCCACCUGCACAGAUCUAUUGGCCUUCUUCCCCCAAGCCACAGUCGCAUACACGCAAUCCGACGAAAUCACCCUCGUCUUCCCCGCCGGCGUUCAAAGCUUCAACGAACGGGUUCAGAAAUUAGCCGGUCUAGCAGCAAGCCUUUGUUCGGUCCGCUUCAAUCAUCAUCUCACUGCAGCUCUGCAUGCACAGCCCAACCCAGUUAUCAAACCUUCUGCAUACGAGACGCUGGGCACUGCUUGUUUCGAUGCGCGAUUCUUCACAGUACCGUCUAUCGAAGAAGCAAUGAAUUGCAUACUUUGGCGCUGCAGGAACGACGCGGUGAGGAACUCAGUGAGCGCAUUCGCUCGCACAAUGUACACGAGUGAGCAAAUGCAUGGAAAGCGGACUGGAGACUUGCUGGAGAUGAUGGAGAAAGAAAAGGGCGUCAAGUACGAGGAUGCAGUACCCAAGUGGGCAAUCGAGGGUAGUCUGGUGAAGAGAGAGCAAUUCGAGCAUCAAGGAGUCAACCCCAAGACUGGAUUGUUAGAGAGGGCACUCAGGACGAGGACAAGGGUUGAGGACCGGGGUGUGACGGCGUUCUCGGAGGAGGGUUUGAGGCUGAUCAGGGAUAAGUACUGGACCUGA